GAAGAUCAUGACACUGAGCUACAAUUCAGUUUCCCGCGUUUUCGUUCAAAGAAAAACAUCCGAGACUGAAAUGUGACCCCACUGGCGAAGCCACACUGGCAGGACGAUAACGCCUCGGACUGUUGUUGUUGUUUGAGAGGAUACGAUUUUCCCGCGAAAUUGUUGCGGUGUACAUUAUUGAAGGCAGUGAAGUAUGAAUGCUGAAGACGACUCAGUGGAGAGCUUGGCGACCUCCAGAGCACGAAGAACUGUCAAGGAUAAGCAUGGAAGACUUGCAGCCCUCCAGCGGCUAAAGGGGCUCAAGGGCUCAAAAAAUAAAUAUGAGGUUUCAGAAGUAGACAAUGUGUAUGAAGAAGUAGAUGAAAGGGAGUAUUCCAAGAGGCGGCAAGGUCGCCUGGAGGAUGACUGGAUUGUUGAUGAUGAUGGCUCAGGGUACAUAGAAGAUGGUAGAGAAAUAUUUGAUGAAGACAAUGACGAUGAUGACCUUUUUGUAUCUAAGAAAGACAAAAAUGGCAAGAAGCAGAAAGCAAAGGCAAAGGGAGCAGUGUCUGCCAGUCAUGGCUCAGGAAGCAUUAAAGCCAUGUUAAUGAACUUACCAACCAAGAGAAAAAGUGAGCCACAGGUUCGACUUGAAGAAGAUGAUAUCUUAGGUGAUAUUCUGCAAGAUCUUGGCAAACAGAAAAACCCUAUCCUUCCACCUCCAACCAAAGUUCUCAAGAAGAUCCACAAACCCAGCAGUGGCUCUCAAAUUAAGAAUGUAAAUCCCUUUUCCAAACCCCUUGUCACCACACCCAUCCGAUCCAAGACCACUCCAAAAGUAGUGAAGCCAAGAAGCAUAACUCCAGAGAAUAGUGCUUGUAAUAGUUCUCCAAAGGCAAAGAGACAUCUAGAAAUCGAAGAACAUCCAUCUCAGCAGAUUGAAGAAUGUGACACACCUGCAGAAAUGGACUUCAGUGAUGAUAUGCAAGCACUGAUUGAGGAUGAUGAAGAAGAGGAAGACUGCAAGAAGGAUGAACUUGUUCAGGAUGAAGUACCAAAUGAGCAAUCUUUUAAAGUAAAUUCAAAUAAGGGAUAUAUGGUCAAGGAAAAGAUUGAUGACAGUCUCCUCACAAGUGGAUGGGAGACUAUUAAAGGGGAGCUGAUGGACCAUCCAGGAGUCAAGGACAUUCACAUUGACUCCUCUCAGCUGCCUCUUACAACCAACACUGAUGGAAAACAGGUGUUCAGAUUUUAUUGGUUUGAUGCAUAUGAAGACUCCUUCAAUCAAGGCAAAGGAACAAUAUACCUACUGGGAAAAGUCUGGGUGGAAGCAGCCAAGACUUAUGCCAGCUGUUGUGUGGCUGUCAAGAACAUAGAACGAAAGAUUUACCUGUUGCCUCGUAAAAGGAAAAUUAAUUUGGUCACAAAUGAAGAGGGUAAAAAUGUUGCUAUAAUUGAUGUCUAUGAAGAAUUCAAUGCCUCGGUCUCUAACAAGUUUAAGAUUCAGCAGUUUAAGUCCAGAAAAAUUACUAAAAAGUAUGGCUUUGGCAAGCCAGGAAUCCCUGUGGAAUCUGAGUACUUGGAGGUCUGCUACUCGGCCGAGUACCCAGCCCUGCCAAGUGAUCUAUGUGGCCAGACUUUCAGCCAUGUGUUUGGAACCAACACUUCUUCCUUAGAGUUGUUCUUACUGGAGAGGCAGAUCAAAGGUCCUGGGUGGCUGGAUGUCACUCUGCCUCAGCUCUCUUCCCCUGCUCUGUCCUGGUGCAGGAUUGAGGCUGUGGUCCUGAAGCCUGAGCAUGUAAUUCCUGUGUCAGGCUUGGCUGUUCCUCCCUUGGUUGUGAUGACUGUUGGGAUGCGAACAACACUGAAGCCAAAGACAUCAGAGAAUGAAAUCUGUAUGAUUUCUUGUCUCAUCCAUCAUGAGUUUCCUAUAAAUAAGGCUGCACCUCAGCCUCCAUUCCAAGCACACUUUUGUGCAAUGACACACCCCUCAGAUGUUCCUUGGCCCUGGGACAUGAAAAAUGCACUUGAGCAUAACCAGAUGAAAAUCGAAAAGAGUCAGAGUGAAAGAGCACUGCUGUGUUUCUUUUUGGCUAAGAUGCACAAGAUAGAUCCAGAUGUAGUUGUUGGACAUGACAUUCUGGGCCUUGAUCUUCCUAUACUUCUUGACAGGAUAAAAAAGGAGAACAUCCCCCAUUGGUCUCGCCUUGGAAGAUUAAAGAGAACGCAGAAGCUCAAAGCUACAGGAAAAGGAUAUGAAGAAAAAACUGCUAUGUGUGGACGCCUCUUGUGUGAUGUGAAAAUAUCUGCCAAGGAACUCAUCCAAGCUAAAAGCUAUGAGUUGGCACCUCUCAUCAAUAAGGUCCUGCGUGUACCAGAGACACAACUGAAGACCCUCACAAAAAAAGAGGUGAAGGAGAUGUAUGAAUCAUCUGCAUCUCUGUUUCAGCUUUUUUCACUAACCAUGCAAGACACACUGUACAUUUUGCGUCUUAUGUGUGAACUGAAUGUUCUUCCUCUGGCUCUUCAAAUAACAAGUAUUGCUGGAAAUGUGAUGUCACGCACUCUUUUAGGAGGUCGCUCAGAAAGGAAUGAGUACCUCCUGCUUCAUGCAUUCACUGAGAGAAAUUUCAUUGUGCCUGAUAAAAGCUAUGGCAAAUCAGCACAGAAGGUCUCAUCUAAAGAAAACAAUGAUCCAGAAGAACACGAGGGCAGCAAGGGCCGCCGGAAGCCAGCCUACACUGGAGGCCUGGUGCUGGAACCAAAGAUUGGAUUCUAUGACACAUAUAUCCUGUUGAUGGAUUUCAACUCCCUCUACCCAAGCAUCAUUCAGGAAUAUAACAUAUGCUUCACUACCAUUGAGUGGGAGUCUAUAAUGGGUGAUGGGGAGGCCCUGCCAGCACUGCCUGACCAGGAGCUGGAACCUGGUGUUUUGCCAACAGAGAUUCGGAAACUGGUAGAAAGCAGAAAGCAAGUGAAACAGUUGAUGAAGCAGCAAGACAUAUCCAGUGACUUGAAGCUGCAGUAUGACAUCCGCCAGAAGGCACUGAAGCUCACUGCCAACAGCAUGUAUGGGUGUCUUGGUUUCUCUCACUCCCGCUUCUAUGGACCCCACCUGGCAGCUUUAGUCACAGGGAAGGGACGAGAAAUUCUGAUGCAGACUCGUGAUCUUGUUCUAAGGAUGAACCUGGAAGUCAUCUAUGGAGAUACAGACUCUCUGAUGAUUAACACAAAUUGCAGAGAGUAUGAGGAAGUUUUCAAGAUGGGACAUAAAAUCAAAUCUGAAGUCAACAAGUUGUACAAAUUACUUGAGCUUGAUAUAGAUGGAGUAUAUAAGUACAUUUUACUGCUGAAGAAGAAGAAAUAUGCUGCCUUAGCAGUGAGCAGAUUACCCAAUGGGCAGCUUAGGGAAGAGCAGGAACUUAAAGGUCUUGACAUUGUGCGGAGAGAUUGGUCGCAGCUUGCAUCUGAUUGUGGCAAGCAUAUUGUUGGUCAGAUUCUUUCUGAUCAAGGACCAGAAGAACGCAUUGAAAAUAUACAUUCACACCUCAUAAAAGUGAAAGAUGAUCUAGAGGCUGGCAAGAUUGAUCUUGAGAAACUGGCCAUCACCAAGAGCCUGACCAAGAGGCCUGAAGACUAUCCAGAUGUGAAGAGUCUCCCUCAUGUGCAGGUUGCACUGCGUAUGAAUGCACAUGGAGGCAAAUCAUUACGUCAAGGAGAUACAGUCUCCUAUGUCAUCUGUGAGGAUGGCACUGACUUACCUGCAACACAGCGAGCUUAUCAUGUUGAUGAGCUCAAAUCACGAUCUUCACUUGCUAUAGACAAGAAAUUUUAUUUGGCAAAUCAAAUUCACCCAGUAGUUUCUCGACUGUGUGAUCCAAUUGAUGGAACUGAUGCUGGGAGAAUUGCAGAUUGUUUAGGUUUAGAUAGCUCAGGGUACAAGGUGUCAAAGCAGUGCAACUCAAUUGAAGAGGACUUGGUUUCUGCUACACAGAUUUCAGAUGAAGAAUAUUUCCAUAUGUGUGAAAGAUUCUCAUUUGAGUGCCCCUCUCCAUCAUGUGACACAGUCAUAACAAUGGAUUCCCCUUUCCGAGGAGUGGGUUCAAGUUCAAGCCUUGAAUUGGCAUUACAAAGCUGUCCCAAUCCCAAGUGCAGCUUUCCUAUACACUCCAACAUCACAUCCAUCCACAACAAGUUGAGAUUGGAGAUUCGGAAGCACAUCCUAAGAUAUUACAGUGGUUGGCUUAUUUGUGAGGAUCCUGGGUGUGAAAACAGGACUCGACGGGUGCCUCUUCAGUUCAUAAGAGGGUUCCCAAUAUGCAACCUUUGUGAAAGAGGAGUCCUUUAUAAAGAGUACACUGAUUCCCAGCUCUACAAGCAGCUGUGCUUUUACAGCUAUGUAUUUGACCUCCAAAAAGCAUGUCAAAAGAACAAAGAUGGACGCAUCCGGGAUGAGGACGUCCGAAAGGCUUAUGGCUCUCUUUACUCAGAGGUGCAAAAGUUCUUAAAACAGAGUGCUUACUCAGAGGUUAAUCUUAAUAAGCUUUUUUAAAGUUGGCAGUAAAAGUACCACCAUGUGCGGUUUAGUGUGAAAAACAGGUACAUGUAAAUAUGAUCUUUGAAGGUUUUACAUUUCUUUAGAGUUGUAAUUAGCUAUCAUGUAAGAACUAUAGUCUGAGAAUUUCCAUGAAGAUGAUCAAUUAUGAUGCAGAAUUUUAUAUUUUCUAUUAAUCAUAAAGAAUCAGCAGACAGGUAUCUUUAAAAAAAUAAAUAAAUAAAAGCUAUAUGGCA